AUGACUGAGAAAUGUGAUAUGACCUUGCUCCAAACAAUGCCAACAAAACUGAAGGAUCCAUAUAAGUUCACCAUCUCUUGCACUAUUGGUGGGGUAGAGAUCCCACAUGCUCUAUGUGAUUUGGGGUCGAGUAUCAAUUUAAUGCCUCUUAAUAAGGAACAAGAAUUAAAUUUGGGAGAGAUCAUACCUUGUAAUGCAACUCUCACCUUAGCUGAUUUAUUUGUUACUCGUCCUCAUGGUGUUUUACAAGAUGUGUUAGUACAUGUUAAUGGUCUAGUUUUUCCUGCAAAUUUUAUGGUAGUAGAUAUGAAGGGAGACAUAAGUGGUUCAGUUAUUCUUGGAUGCCCAUUCUUGGUGACCGAGAAAGCAUUAAUAGAUUUGGAAAUAAGUGAACUUAGGUUGAAUCAAUAA